AUGGAACAGGAGGUCUCCUGGAUUGUCAACACAAGGGGAGAUUCUCGCGGGCCUGAAAAUGUCCACCGACCGAAUCGAAUUCCAGCUAGUUUUCCUUUUGAUGGUUUCCCCGUCAACCCCUUCCUCUCCCGAGUUCCUCCCGACUCUACAGAAGGGGCCGGGGGAGAGACCCGGGACUUCCCAGAAAGUGGACGCCCCCCCGAGGGGCCGCCCGCGCCGCCCCCGCCGCCCGCGCCGCCCGCACACCUGGAGCGCGGCGGGGGCCCGGGAGGGGACGCCCGCUCCUCCCCGCCGUCCGCCGCCGUCCGGCGUCCCACACGGCAAGAAGAGCCCCCCGGGCCGCCAGCGCUCCCGUCCCUUCCCCUCCCGGCGGCCGCGGGGCCCAAAUCGAGGCUCCCCGGCCUAAAAGUGCCUCCGCCGCGAAACGGCGCGAACCGGCCCAGUCACUCGAGGCGCUCCACACGCCCGCGGGCCGCCCCGCCCCGCCCCGCCCCCGCCCUGCCCCGCCGCGCGCCCAGGCCCCGCUCCGCCCCCCGCCCCCCGCCCCCCCACCGGGGCGCGCGGACCGGCCACGGCUCGGCCUGGCCCGCCUGGGCCGCGCGGACCGGGGGAGCCACGGCCCCGCGCGCCCGUCCCGCGCCCCGGGAGGGCCCGGCCCGACGGGCGGCGGCCGCUCACCUGAGGGCCCGGCUGGGACCGGGGCGCGGAGCGGAGGACAGAGCGUCCGAGCGGAAGCCCGCGGGGCGACGGCGCGCGCCACCGGCCUCAGCCCCUCGCUCCCCGAGCGUGUUUUCAAAUCGCCUCGUCCUCACGCGGCCGCGUCUCCUUCCGCCGCCCGGAAACCAGGGCCCCUCCCCCGCCGCGCCGCGCUCACGUGACCGCGGCCCGCAGCCGCGCGCAGCCGGGGAGGCGGGAGCGGGAGCGCGAGCGCCAGGCCCCGCCCCCGGGAGGAGGGGGCCCGCCGGAAGCCCCCUGCGCUCGCGGAGGCCGGCGCGGGACGGAGCGCGGCCGCGGACCUGCGGGGCGGGCGAGGCGGGGCGGGGGCGGGGGCCGGAGGCGUCGCCCGGGUUCCCGCGGCGCGAGAGCGUGCCUCUGCUCCCCUCCGUGCUCCAUGGCUCCCCGGACCCGGUGCCACAUUCAGAGAACAGAAGUUGA